AAGGGAGCUAAAAUUUACAAUAUCUUAAUUCUAACCCUAAAUUAUGCAUCAGGAUGUGGUCAAUUUCUGAGAAUAAAGAAAUUUCAAGGAACUCUAAAGAGAUCAAACCAAUAAAAUUAAACUCUGAUGGUUGUAAUCUUAAUCUAGUUGUAAAGCCUACCUCCAAUUACAGCAAACUGGAAGUUUCAAAUACCCCGAACAUUAUCAAGAAAUCAAGAAAACCAGAGAGAGUUGAAUCAACUCCAAGGAAAAAAUGUUUCAUUGUUAUAGGGAUCAAUACAGCUUUUAGUAGCAGGAAACGAAGAGAUUCUGUUCGAGAAACUUGGAUGCCACAAGCUGAGGAUAGAAAGAGAUUGGAGGAAGAAAAGGGCAUAAUCAUACGUUUUGUUAUAGGUCACAGUUCAACAUCAGGUGGAGUUCUUGACAAAGCUAUUGAAGCAGAGGAAAAGCUUCAUAAUGACUUUUUGAGGCUGAACCAUGUCGAGGGAUACCUGGCACUAUCAGCUAAAACAAAAACCUACUUUUCGACUGCUGUUGCUUUGUGGGAUGCAGAAUUUUAUGUCAAAGUUGAUGAUGAUAUUCAUGUGAAUUUAGCAACACUUGGAUCGACUCUGACUAUGCACCGUCUGAGACCUCGGGUGUAUGUUGGGUGCAUGAAAUCUGGUCCUGUCCUUUUUCAGAAGGGAGUGAAAUACCACGAACCAGAAUACUGGAAGUUUGGUGAUGUUGGGAACAAGUACUUCCGUCAUGCUACCGGACAAAUAUACGCCAUUUCACAAGAUUUGGCAACUUAUAUAUCAACAAAUCAGAAUGUGCUGCAUAAAUAUGCGAAUGAAGAUGUUUCAUUGGGAUCAUGGUUUAUAGGUUUAGAUGUGGAACAUAUUGAUGAUAGGAGUAUGUGUUGUGGUACACCUCCUGAUUGUGAAUGGAAGGCUCAGACGGGUAAUACAUGCGCUGCUUCAUUUGAUUGGAAAUGCAGCGGGAUUUGCAGGUCUGUUGAGAGGAUGGUUGAAGUUCACCAACGUUGUGGCGAGGAUGAAAAUGCAUUGUGGAGUGCAACUUUCUGAUACGUCGCAAGUCACAAUUCAUCUUCUAAGCUCAACAAGCACAAGAUUCAGAAACUUGAAAGAGUAAAGAGUAGUAGAUUUGCUUCUUGAGAGCCCUUCUUUUUAAAACUUAGGAGAAUGAGAUAACCGCGGAAGAAAACGAACAAGUAAAGAGUACAGUAGUAACCAACCCAUUCUUUUGUUAAGUGGCCGGAGAGGGCAUUAUAUUCUAGUGCUCUACCACGACUAACG